AAAUGCAGCGACUGUGGGAAGUGAAGGAAAAGAAGGAGAAGAAGGAGAGAAUCAUCAAAGGAAGAGAUCUAGUGGAUGUUGUCUUCUCAUGGUCUGUUCGUGAUGUCCUCAACUCAAAGCUUUACAAAGGAAAGGUUGAUAAGAUCCCUAACACAUUCCAGUCAAGCAAAGAGUAUUUUAAGUCAUUUGUUAAUCCGAUCAUCGAAGAGACACAUGCUGCUUUGUUGUCAAGUAUGGAAACUCUUAGAAGAGCACCAGCUUUCAAAGUUUGGGAAAUCAAGCCAGCCAAAGAUUUUAAACCUCCCAAGAAUCUUUAUUACGAGGUUACUUUGCAGACAGUGUCUGAUAAUACGACCAAGGGAGAUGGGAAACUGUUGGAGUUCAACGAUCUCAUUGCAGUGACUGAUAACAAGCCUUGUAGAAUCGAUGACUUGAGAUGUUCCAAUGAGCCUUACUUGCUUGCUCUUGUUUGUGGAGUGAACGAAGAUAACCCACAUUUGAUUACUAUUUUGGCUUCGAAACCCAUCGUUUUCGAGGAAGGUCACAUGGAAACAAGAAAGAAAGGCAAGGGUGUGAAGAAAAGCCUAAGCCUCUUUUGUGUUUAUUUGACCAACAUGAUGACCAAUAUUCGUAUUUGGACCGCCUUGCAUCCAGAUCCUGAAGGUGGAAACUUAAAGCUUAUAUCUAAAGUACUUAAAAGCCACAAUGAG